AUGAGGUCGUGUCUAGACGAGCUACCGUUACCUCUCUUGGAAGCCGCGGGCUGCUCCAUGCCAUCGUCCAGCUCGACGACGCAAAACAGAUCGACGCAAGAGGGGCUGCGCGGUGGGAGCGGCAGCAAGUCUCACAGUACGGACUCGAGAGAAGAAGUGCAGCCGUUGGGCAUGGGCGCUGGAGGCCACCGACGCAACAGCGCUUGCGGAGGACCCAUCGCUACUCUUCGCACAUCCAUCCGACAGUCCAGUUUCAACGGGAAUACAUCUGCGAUGCUUGGCGCAACGACCGCCGCAGCUGCAGGGUCUGGAGGCGUCGCGCGCAACACGUCCAGAUCCGCUUCUCGGUCGAGCUCUAUUUCCUACUCUCGGGCCAACAGCGGCCGUUCUUCGCCCACACGCAACGUCACGUCCAGCUGCGCAGGUCAUGCUCACCUCACCUCACCGCAACUCGCUCCCUACAAUGGCAUCUCUGCCCAAUCCCUAGCCGAGCUGGGCAUCUUUCCUGCGGACUGCAAUGCGUCCGCCCAAUUGACUCUUCAUGACCACGGCGCGGCCGCCAGCGCCGCCGAAGACGGCAGGGGCAGAGCCAUCAAACGCAUCAGCAGCAUCGAAGAGGAUCUCAAAAGUCACGCCAGGUUCGAAGCGCCCCCUCAUGAAAGCAGCCGCUCCCACGACAUGAGCAUGCGUGCCUACGACGCCAGCACAUCUCGACGUCAAAGUCAGUCCAAUCGCAGUAGGGAACGAGCAGUGAUGCGGAUGAAUAAUGAGCGAGCACGACGUCAGACCCUCACAGAGUACUUUGAGCAACUGGAAGAACGUCUGUUCACCGAUCCCGGUCGCGCUUCGAAAGUCGCAGUGCUCGAGAAAGCCCUUGGCGUGCUGAACGCCGUUCCUGAACUUGUGCAAGAAGUCGUCCAAUUGCGCGCAAGAGUCGCGGAUGAAGCAAAGUGGCGGCAAGAGCUGGAAGCUUCGAGCUGCCCCCAAUGUCACCAGACAAGUGCCUCGUCAACCGAUCGAGCACGCGUCGUAGACGCUACAGACGUGGCCGCCGAUCUCAACGUUCCCUCAGGUCAGGCGGGCAGCUCGUCCCAUUGCACCAACCACUGGCCCGAAUCAGGCUACCCUACUCACAAUGGCAGCACCACAAACGAUGCGCCAUCCAUCCAAGCUUCUGCUCAAGUGUACCCUGCAAGCGUAGGCGGAGCACCCAGGUCGGCAAAUUUCGACUUGACCUCGGCAUCGUGGUCGCCGACGAGCAUGCUGUCAACCGAUGGCCAAAACUUUAUCGCCUCGAUUGAGGAUCUCUGGGCAAAGGUGGACGGCAAGGCGCAGCGUCGACGCGGCUCUGAGAUCAGCGCGGCCUCCAUUGACCUGCCCACGGCUCCUUCCAGCACGACUCUAGGCACGACGCCAAGCACAACUCUAGGAAGCGGCUCCUGCACCUCACCACUCUCGCCUCUGACUUGCAUUACUCAAGCAAGCUCGCCCACUACCGAUCGUGAUGCUGUUCGGUUAGGUACGCAAGAUCUCUUUGCAGGCAUGGACGUCAACGAAGAGGUCAAGAGAUGGAUGGCACACUAUUUAGCCAAUCUUCACAACCCGCCUACUGCGGGUGCAGCUUCAGCUCCCACGUCCGCUGCCACGCGCGAGAAAGCAGAAUUCAUGGACCUGAGCUGA